AUGUCGUUUUCAUUACCAAAAAGUCCACUUUUAUCACCAAUGUCGCCCAUCAUGGAAGAUAUUCUUUCUGAUUCUAAUAGUGUUAUCACUUCAGAUGAACCAUAUUCACCCACAUUACAACCUCAACGUAAAUUUGGAGUAUACAAAACAAAACCCACUACACAACUCUCAUUAAGUGUUCCUUCUACUAAAGCAUACAGCUCUUCUUCUGCUGGGUCGUCGGUAAAAAGUUUCAACGCAAUCUCAAAUUUAUUAGAUAGUAGCAUUAAUGGAGAGAGCCGUCCAAAGGAAAGUUCUGUAGACGAUUAUCUCCUGGAAAUUAUGAAUAGAUCUAACUCGGCUCCUUCAACUGAUAAUGAAUAUUUAACGUUUUGUAAGGGCUUCGUUGAUAAACAAAAGCGGAAUUUUACUAGUGAGCCGGAAAGUGAUAUGAGUUUGGAUUUUGAUGCGAGACAUGAAAUAGAUUCAGAUAGCUCUAUAGAAUGGAUCGAUAGUCAUAAAAUGAGUAAUGGUCAUUCGAAUAAUCAUGAUAUGCCAGCUAUUCCAAUAGACGAAGAAUAUUCGGGAUAUCGUCGCAAGUAUGGACAUGAAGAUCCACAAUCUGUUACUUGGUAUGGAGAUGAAUCACGUAUUUCAAGUUAUAUGGGUGUGAUUCAAGCCAUUGUUUCAUUUUUUGUUGAUGCCGAAGAUUCUCUAAGAUGUAUUAAUGCGGGAAAUCAUAAGUUUGUAUUUUUACUCAAGGGACCAUUGUAUCUUGUAGCCGUUUCCCGAACAAAUGAAUCAGAGUCUCAACUUAGAGAACAGUUAAAUUAUUUAUAUAAUCAAAUUUUAAGUGUUUUGACGUCCACUCAAUUAACAAAGAUUUAUGAGCAAAGAAUGAAUUUUGAUUUGCGUCGUCUGCUUGGAGGUACUGAGCCUUUCUUGGAUAAGCUUGCGAAUUCUAUGAGCGAUGAACCGGGGUUCAUGUUAGGUUCGAUUCAAUGUGUCAGAAUGAGCAAAGAACUACGAGAUAAAGUUGGAAAUAUUUUGCAGAUAGUAAAGUCAAAGGACCUUUUAUAUGCUAUGUUAAUAACAAAUAAUAAAUUAAUCACAUUGCUGAGACUUAAAAAACACAGUCUUCAUUCAGCAGAUCUUCACUUGGUUUUUAAUAUGGUAAAUGGGUCUUCAACUUUUCGUUCGGUUGAAUCAUGGACCCCAAUAUGUCUUCCAAAGUUCAACAAUAAAGGAUUCCUCCACGCUUACGUGUGCUAUAUUACCGCAAACGUAUGUCUUCUUUUGAUAUCUCCAGACAAGGAUAAAUUUUUUGAAUUAUCUGAUGCCAAAAAUACAAUAGUUGAGCAACUCACCGCUUGCGAUGCUUUGCAAGGGAUAGAAGCAGCCUCACAGAGUGAGGGUUAUUCUAUAGCUGAUAUUGGUGUGGCAGGUUUGCGACAUUUUAUAUAUAAAUCAAAGACGUGUUUACAAUACACAUCACCUGCGUUUUUGGCAUCAUAUAAUAAUCCUCGUGAGAAACGAAGGUAUACACAUGAUCGUAUGCACUCACGUGUUCGGCCACUCAAAGUACAUUAUUACGUGAGUCCGUCAGAAACUAUAUUAGGAUGGAUAACAGCAACAUUUGAAUUAUACGCCGCGUUUGGUCCAUUAAUAUCUAAAACAGCAUUGACCAAUUCUUCCCUCGUAUUAUUGAAAUGGAUCAAAAAAGAGGAGGAAAAUUUAUUUAUCAUGAAUUCGCCAGUAUUUUAA